AGUCAUGUCAGUGACAAGAAUGAGGGAGCUAAGCUGACAAGCAUCCUCACACAGAGUCUACUCUUCAAUAUCCAUCCAUCAUGAAAGUGUCUGAUUGGGGAGUGACAAAUGUGGACAAUCAAACAGUCCAAUACUGCUUUCCAGACAACAAUUUGUCUUGUACCAAAAAUAUCAGACCAGGAGUGGAGUACAUUAUUGUGUACGUUUUUGUUUCUGUAACAUCAGUGUUCACUGUGUUUCUGAACUUGUUGGUGAUCGUCUCCAUCUCACACUUCAAGCAGCUCCACACUCCGACCAAUGUGCUGAUCCUCUCUCUGGCUGUGGCUGAUCUGAUCGCAGGACUGAUUCUCAUGCCAGUGCAGGGAAUGAAACUCAUUGAGCCAUGUUGGUACUUCGGAGAAAUAUUUUGUUCAAUAUUUCCUCUUAUUCUGUAUGUGGUUGUUACAGCAUCUCUUGGUAAUUUGGUUAUUAUAUCCGUGGAUCGUUACAUUGCUGUGAAUGACCCUUUGCGAUAUCCACUGAAGGUCAAUAACAACAGAGUUGUUGUUUCUAUUGUUGUAAACUGGUUAUUCUCAUUCAUAUAUUCAUUUUAUUUACUUUAUGAGUUUUUAAUCUAUCCAGAAAGAAACCACUCAUGUAUUGGAGAAUGUGUACUUUCUGUUAAAUUGGAAUAUCUAAUAUUAGAUUCCUUUGUUUGUUUAGUGGCAACUUGUUCAGUAAUUGUUUCUUUAUACGUGAAGAUCUGUUUUGUAGCAAAUUAUCAAGCUAAGCAUUUAAAUUCAGACACAGACAAAAAGGCCAGGUCAGAAAAGAAGGCUGCAAGAACCUUAGGGAUUGUAGUGCUGGUUUAUCUUCUUUGCUGGAUGCCAUACUAUUUAGUUACUCUUUCCCUUGGGCAUGAUGAAAAUGAUUCUCUUAUAAUUAACAUAAUGUAUUGGAUUUUAUGGCUGAAUUCCUGCAUGAAUCCACUUAUCUAUGCAAUGUUUUAUCGGUGGUUUAGACUGUCAGCAAAAUACAUUUUGACAUUGAAAAUAUUUGAACCUUCGUCAGAGUACUUCAAUCUGUUCCCAGAAGAGAAAUGA